AGCCUCAUAUUUUUGCGAUUUUCAUUCCACCGCUCUUCUUCCAUUUUCUUCUCACCAAUUCGGAAAAAAAGGGAAUACCGCCGAAUACGGUUGUGCUUGUUAACCUUCUUAUAACGCUGUCCAAAGCUGCGACUAUAUCCCAUCGCAGUUCAUCAACUUACACUUAUUAACACCAGUACCUAACACACACGCAAGCGUUCAUUUCACCACUAUCAACAUGUCGCAGGUUACUCCCGAAGUUCUAUGGGCUCAGCGCUCCUCCAACACCGACCCGGAGAAGAACUUCAUCUACCUAACCAUCUCGGUUCCUGACAUCCCCAAGGAGAACCUGAAGCUUGAUCUUCAGCCCACAAGCCUCACCUUCACCGGCCACUCCGACACUCUUAAGCGAACUUACCACCUUGAACUUACCUUCUACGCUGAGAUCGACCCCGCAGAGAGCAAGACUCACCACACUGCCCGCAAUGUUGAACUAAAACUGCGCAAGAAGGAGCUCAACGACGAGUAUUGGCCACGACUCCUCAAGGAGUCUAAGAAAGUGCAGUUCCUCAAGACUGACUUCGACAAGUGGGUCGACGAGGAUGAACAGAACGAGGCCCCUGAAGAUGACUUCUCGCAAUUUGGUGGUGGUGCUGGCGGCAUGGGUGGCAUGCCAGGCAUGGGCGGUGGCGACUUUAGUGGCAUCGACUUCUCCAAGCUUGGUGGCGGUGACAUGCCCAUCGGCGGCGAGGAUGACGAAGAAGAUUCCGAUGACGAUGGCGACAUGCCAGCUCUUGAAGGACAAGAAGACGUUAAGGAGGACGCUAAGGUGGAGGAAACGACCAAGGCCGCUGCGUAAAACAGUCUCUACCUAUGAGCUGCAAAGCAUCAACCCUUCCGCGGUUGCAUGGUGCAAGAUCCAUUUGUCCUCUUAGGUCCGGGAAAAGACGCCCUAGUGCGCAUAGAGUAGGAUCAACAGGUGGUAAAUGCUCAUGAGAUGUUUCGGAAGCCGGCGAGCU